AUGGAAGAUUUCAAUAGCGAGACCGACAGCGACUAUACCAGUUACUGGAGAGACUGGUUCAUUUCUUCCCGCGGCAACGAGUACUUUUGCGAAAUUGACGAAGAAUACCUGACCGAUCGCUUCAACCUUACCGGAUUGAACACCGAGGUUCCUUACUAUCAGUAUGCGCUGGAUCUGGUGACGGACGUUUUCGAUCUUGAUGCGGACGACGACCUUCGGGAGCAGAUUGAGAAGUCCGCGCGCCAUUUGUACGGAUUGGUCCAUGCUCGCUACAUUGUCACCACCCGUGGCCUCGCAAAAAUGGUGGACAAGUACAAGAAAGGCGACUUUGGAAAGUGCCCGCGUGUUAUGUGCGAAGGUCACCCUCUCCUCCCAACCGGUCAGAACGAUGUCCCCAAUAUGAGCACUGUCCGCCUCUACUGCUCCAAGUGCGAGGACGUCUACAACCCCAAAUCGUCCAGACAUGCUUCGAUUGAUGGCGCAUAUUUCGGUACCUCUUUCACCAGCAUGCUCUUCCAGGUCUAUCCUGCUCUCCUACCGGAAAAGUCCACCCGCCGCUAUGAGCCCCGCAUCUACGGUUUCCGCGUCCACGCUAGUGCCGCUCUUGCGCGCUGGCAGGAUCGCUACCGCGAAGAGACUAGGAGCCGUCUUCGCGACGCCGGGGUGGAAGUGCGAUAUCUCGAAGACGACGAAGACGAUGAGCUGGAGGAUGAGGAUGACGAGGAGAUAGUCGAAACCAAGGAGAGGGUUGCGGGCGACGGUGCCUCUGGUCGUAUGGACAUUGGCAACUGA